GCCAUUUGCUUUUCAUUUUAUUUUAUUUAUUUUAUUUCACUAUAAUACUUAGAGUAGGUUGUCAUGGUCAACCUAGGUAGAGUGAUAUUCGGAAUUUCAUGAUUUCCAUCACCAUAAUUCAAAUUCCUCCACUCAUACCUUUCAUUAAUAAUCAAACUUCCAUUCAUCUUUCCUUCAUAUUUCCACCUAAAAUCCUUGAAAUUCUAGUGCAAACCUAAAAUGGGCCAUGAGGAUUUGUGUGACACUGGCCUUGUUCUUGGAUUAGGCAGUGUAGCCAAGGUAGAGGGUGGCUUGAGCCCGAAUCGCAACCAUCGGCACCCGUUAGAUAAAUCCGAUCGUCUGUUUUCGAUGAUCCUUGAGCCUUCAUUAACCUUAAGCCUACCUGAUGACACAUACACAUACAAAGAAUCGAAGAAGAUCGACGAAAACAACGCAUUCGAAGAUCCGUUGGAGGCGAUUCGGCAAUCUUCACCACAUGGAGCUGUCUCAUUGUUCUCUAAUACCUGUAUCAAGAGAGAAAGGGAUGGAGGGGGCGACGAUAUCGAGCUAGAGAGGAUUUCUCCACGUUUAAAUGAUGAAGAUGAAGAGGCUUGUGUGAGAAAGAAGCUUAGACUCACCAAAGAGCAAUCCGCCCUCUUGGAAGAUAAUUUCAAGGAGCAUAGCACACUUAAUCCGAAACAAAAGCAAGCCCUAGCCAAGCAAUUGAAUCUACGGCCACGGCAAGUCGAGGUUUGGUUCCAAAAUCGAAGAGCUAGGACAAAGCUCAAACAAACAGAAGUGGAUUGCGAAUUUCUAAAGAGGUGCUGUGAGGCUUUAACGGACGAAAAUCGGAGGCUACAAAGAGAGCUUCAUGAGUUGAAGGCUAUGAAUUUCGUGUCACCGCUUUACAUGCGAUUACCGGCUGCGACUCUAACCAUGUGUCCUUCUUGUGAGAGGAUUGGUGGUGGUGCUGGCAACGGCCGUGGUGGAAACUACUCAGCCAAGAACUCUUUUGCAAUGCCACCCAAAUCUCAUCACUUGUACAAUCCAUUCACCCACUCAUCAGCAGCGUGUUGAAAGUGGUUACACCCGCUUCUGUUGUGUAUUUUGAUUGAUAAAUAGUAAAAGAUGUGUAGCAAUGGAAUUAAUUAGGUUUUAGUGUA